CCUCCUCCUCCUACACUGAAGCUGGACUCCUCUGCCGGGUAAACUCCACCGACUCUCGGCUGUUAUUGUCUCAUCCCCGCUAAAAGACCCUCCACCAGCCGGCUGCUCACUAACUCGACCCUCGGUCCUCCGGUAGGCCUGACCGACUGACUGACUGACGCAGCAGUAGCAUCAUGGAGGAGUUAGACGUCCCACAGAUGAGGAGAGAAGUGGAAAGCCUUCAGUAUCAGCUGGCAAUCAACAGAGAGAAAUCCUCCAUCACUGUUACCGAGCUGGUGAAGUGGAUCGAGGGUUGUGUUUGUGAAGAUCCAUUUCUGAACCCUGAGCUGAUGAGAGCCAACCCCUGGGUGGAGAAGGGCAAGUGUGUGAUCCUCUAAUGGUCACACACACACACACACACACA